GGCGACAAGUUCAGUGCAUAAUGCUAACGUGCGAUCGAUUCACAGGGGAUUUUGUACAAAACGUGAUAGUUGAGCGUCUAUAAGAAAUAAAACGUUUUGUUUCUCAACAAGUUACCAUUUCCUCAGCACAAUAUGUUAAAUAUUGUAAGCCAUUUACCUCAAAAGUAUAGUGACAAUAUUCUUGUUACUCAUAAUAAUCAUGAUAUGGUAUAUGAAGUUAGAGGAUUUCAAUUGCAUUCACUUCAUUUACCAUCAAUGCAAACAAAUAAUGACAGCAAAAAGAUACCUAUUGAAACAAAUCUUGUGGAUAUCGACUAUUCACCUGGAAUAUCUUCGUUACUAUGUUGUUCUGAUAAAGGAGAUGUCCAGAUAUGGGAUAUAAGAGAUAACAUUCCACAGCCCACUAUCCAGUCUUAUAAACAGUUUAUGAAUGUACCUUUCACUUGUUGUUCUAUCAGUGCAGAUGGCAGUCUAAUUUGUUGUGGUACAGAAGUUUACAGAUUGAAAAAGAAACGUCGAAAACAUAACUCCAGAAAUAUUAGUGAAUACGAUGAGGAAACAGCUCAAUUAGUUUAUUGGGACACACGAAAUUUAUCAUCUCCGUUGGGUAUUAUUAAAGAUUUACAUUCAGAUGAUAUUGUUGAUGUAAAAUUCGACCCUACUUCUGUUCCUGGUUAUCUACGCCUAAUGGAUUGUUCUGAAGAUGGCGUAAUAUGCUUGUAUGAUAUGAAUGCAGAGGCAAUUUCACAGGAUAAUUCUCUUUUAUAUAUGUUCAAUUCAGAAUCAGUGGCUAGUUCAUGUGAUUGGUUAAUAUCACGUAAUGAUCUAUCUUCUAGUUCCGCUGCUGUUGGCGUCUAUUGUACAACUACAAUGCGAUCAAAUAUUAAGGCAUGGCCAAUACACCCAUCAAUGUUACAUAAUAAUAAUAUGGUUGAAGAAGAAAACUUCAAAGAAGACAAAGAAUCAUUCAGUUUAUCUGAAAAAGAUGAGGAAGAGCUAACUGAGAAAACACGAUUAUGGAAUUCUAAAUUUAAUACGAAUAAUCCUAAUAGUGACGAUAAUGAUAAUAAGAUUUUAAAAGGUAAAAACUUUUUCAACAUGAUUCUAAUUCAAACUAAUUCAUCUGAUGAAUUUCUACUACUCGGUGACAGUAAUACCAAUGAUAAUAAUAACAAUAAUCAAAAUUAUCCAACAGUUUUCCAUUCAAAUCAAUCAGAUUGGACAAUGUCUUAUUUGCCAUCAAAUAUCACUAUGAGGAAAUCUCAACCAAUUAAUAGUAGUUUUAAUUUACAAUAUGCCGAUUUUAUAGGUAAACUAACCGAUAAUCACAGUAAGGAUAAUACUAUGAAACAAUUAUGCUUUAUGGUUGGUUCACAAUCGACUGUGCUAUGCUCUUAUGAAAUAUCAUUAUCAACUUGAUUAUUAUCCCAAUGAUAAUUAGGUAUGUUUUUCCUUGAUGUCGUUCUGUUGAAAACUAAUGUGUACAUAUUCACUUUCCAUUUUUAUAUUGGAUUGUGAUAAAUUUAUGUUGUGUUAGAGGGCAAUUAUUUUUGCAUACUGUAAAGUCUCCCUUCUUUAUCUCUCAUGUAAUAAUAUAUUGCUGAAUUAAAAAUAUAUAUAUUGACUUUUUGAUGAUAAUAGUUACACAGUAAGAGUAUACUAUACUUGUAAUAGAUGAACACUCGGG